UGUUGACGUCAUUAGUGGCGUGAUAUUUCGUAGCAGAGUAAUUAAAUUAACUAUAAAUAGUAAAAUUUCAUGUACGUGGAUUAGUUUUUCAUUUUUUUUUCGAUUAUUUAAAACUAAUUUUUUCGAUCAAGUAAAGAAGAAUUGUCGAUAUCGUAACUUAAAAAAAUAUUUUGCUAAAUUUAAUGAUGGCCCAGUAUUUAAAUGUUGAACAAGCAUCCCUUGAAUUACUAAACAAUUUUGAAAAAUUAUUGUUAGUUAAUGGUACUGACAGUGAAGUUUUGGAAAAUAAUCGAAUUGAUCCAAUAAAAAAAAUAAUUAGUAUAUUUGAAAAAAUUAUACCAUAUGAUUCAUGUGAUGAUAAACGAGAUUUUCGAGUAGAAUCUGAAUUUUAUACGAUUCUUGAUAAUUUAUCGUUAAUGAGCGAAUGGAAAACAUAUGAAGAAUUUUAUAUCAACCGGGACCGUAUUCAUAAUCAGUAUGACGUCGAAGUUAACAGUUUUUUUUUUCUGUACGAGCAAUUUUCAACAGCAAAAAAACGUCAUUUUGGUGACUACUCUGCUGAUGAUGAAUCUAACGAUCCUUUAAAUUUUAUCUUACGUCAUUCUACGAGUAUUAAUAAAUCAAGUGAACGAUGUGCUCACAAUUUAUAUGACAUUCAAAUAAACUUUUGGAAAAUAAUGACAAGUUAUGAUAUUUAUCGUGGUAAACAACCAGUUUAUAAUAAAUUACAUGACUUUUAUGAAGAUGUUUUGAUCGCAGUUUGCCAAGCAUACACCACAUUGUUUCUAAGUUAUGAAUUAUCCAAACCAAAACAAUACCAUGAUUCUUUACGAAACCAGCUGAUUAUUUUCGACGAUUUUAAAAAAAAUCUUUUGAAAAUAAUUGAAACGGGCCAUUACUAUGUAGAUGCAAUGAAUAAAACUGAGUACAGAAUCUACAAAAAGUGCGAUUCGGACAAAUGGUCAAAAGGCAAAAAUUAUAUUCGCAUUGAAAAUUAUGUGGAUAGUCACAGCGAUAGUGAUAAUAGUAUUCACACCAUAAGCUUAAAAGAAUAUUAUACCAACAGUUCCGAUAAUCGAGUCGUUACGGGAAUUAGAUUUGCUGUUGAAAAAAAUAUAUUAACGAUACAAAUUCAAGAAGGACAAUUGAUUAAUGGUAUAAUAGAUCCGGAUAGUCUUAGAUGUACUACUGAUGAUGAUUAUCCAUCUGAUGAACAAGAUCCCAAAACUGUUCGGCUCGAUUAUAAAAUACAAGGGUUUAAUUUAGAUGACAUUGAAUUGCCCGAAGGACAAUUCGUCACAGGAGUGAAAUUUGUAUUAACGAAAAAUGAUCGUAUAUCAUUAGCAGUCAGAGGAUCGACAAUGUAUGACAAUAAAAUUGGCAUCUUAUCACCACCUGUUGAAAACCAAUGGCAUUAUCCAUCCGAAAUAAAUUCUACUUUAAGAUCGAACAUUGAUGUAAACUAUCCAAAAAAUCCAACAGAUUUAAAAUUAUUGACCACUGAAAUAAGUAAAUCAGGACAGCACUAUAUCAAUCUAUCGAUGUCAACAUUUUCUAGCUCGAAUGACAACGAUGCGAUGGUACUUCUCUUAGAUUCUCGGCCCGUUAAAACUAAGCCACCAUCAGGAAUCGGAGGAUUAGGAUUAUUUUACACUGGCCACUCGGGCUGCAGUGGAUUUUUGGCAUUCAAAUAUUUUUCUUCACAAUUCAAACCAUAUUCUCGAUUGCCCAUACAUUCGAUCAUCUCCAAUAUGAAAACUCCGGAAAUUAACUCAUAAUUUAUUUCUUCUGUAAUAAUUAAAUUUAAAUUGAUGUACGCUUUGCCAUUCGGCUAUCGCUCUGGCAUCUAAAAUUAAACAAAUAUAUAAAUAAAUUAUAAAAAAUUA